UGGCAAACAGAGGAGCAGCAUCAGCAUGAAGAAGAGGCUGAUGGAAAGUGUGUCGGGUGCUGCGAUCACCAUCUCCAGCACGCACUGCCUGACGUUAUCUGCUGAAAGCUCUCCGACAUUCUGUUAACAAAGAACAUGAAGAGCCCAUAUCACUCUGCGGCUGAGGACCAGGAAACAGGGCACAAACAUGAAGGAGAGGAGUGAAGUUUGUCUGGCGUGGAAAGGGCUGCUGCUGGGGAUGUGUGUGCUGCUGUUCCUGUGCUCAGCAGGUUUAGUGUUCCUGCUGGUUCGACAGAAAGAGCUGACGGAGGAGCUGAUCAGCUUGGACGCACGGCUGCAGGUGCUGUCACAGAGCUGCAGGUUGCAGGCUGGCAUCCUGCCCAUGGACCCCGGAGAAGCUGGAGAGCUGAAGAAGCUCCGUCGCGGAAGAAGGAGCUGGGACGGAGAACCAACGCAAAGCCAAGACCAGAAGGAUAUGCUGAUGCUGAUGACGUACUCCAUGGUUCCAGUCAAAGCCUUCAUAGAGAUGUGUAAUAGCUCCAGAGGAAUGUGUUUAACAGGCCCACCUGGACCACCAGGUUUGCCUGGCAGAGCUGGUUCACCGGGACCACAAGGUGUGCCUGGGCCUAAGGGGAGACGCGGAAAAAGAGGUCCCCCUGGUGAAAAAGGAGAACCAGGACCUAAAGGAGACCCUGGGCCUCCGCAACUGAAAGGCGAGACCUCCAAUGACAUUCUCACUGAAGGUCCUCCAGGUCCAAGGGGUCCACCGGGUCCACCAGGCCCACCAGGUCCACCCUGUCCUGUUUGGUAUUCUAAUGAAGUGAGAAAUAGAGAACACCUCCAUCAAACCGACAUGUUGAUGGUGACCAAUUUUCAAGCUGGUGUAACAAAGUCCCGAAACAUCCAUAGAAACUUGUCCUGGAGGAUAAUCCACCUCCCCACCAUCUACCAUUAUGAUUCAUCUAAUCUGACACGGGAGGCCGUCAAUGAAACCGACACAAAAAACAUCAGCAGCUCGACAAUUAACCAGACUGAAUCACCAACAUCACAUCCAGCUGAUGAUAGCAGAGACGUACUGAAUAUUACUGACACUAAAAAACUUGUAGACACAAGUGUGGAAUCUAAGUCAGUAUCAGUUCAUCCAGACUACAGCCACGACACCUUGAAUGAUACCAACACAGAGAAUGUUACAGAGGCACCAAUUAAAUUAUUAACUGUGCUACUUUCUCCAGACCGGAUUCAGAACAGUGACACCUUCAAUGGUAGCGGAAACAUUAUUGAUACAUCCAUAAAAAAUGAGUCAGUGUCACCUCGUCCAGACUAUGGUAAUGACACUAGGAUUGAAACCAGCUCACAGACUGUUACAGAGGCUCUAAUUAACUUACCAACAGUUUUACCAACACCACAUCCCGCUCAUGAAGCCAGAGAUGUUUUAAAUAUCACUGACUCUGAGAAACUUCAAGACACAGAUAAGGAAUCUGAGUCAGUAUCAUUUCAUAAAGACUACAGCCAUGACACCCUGAAUGACUCCAGCAAAGAGAACGUUACAGAGGGAGCAAUAACAUUAUUAACUGAAUCACCAACACCACAUCCUGCCGAUAGCAGAGACGUACUGAGUGUUACUGACUCUAAAAAACUUCUAGACAAAAGAGUGGAAUCUGCAUCAGUUCAUCCAGACUACAGCCACGACACCUUGAAUGAUACCAACACAGAGAAUUUUACAGAGGCACCAAUUAAAUUAUUUACUGCCCUACUUUCUCCUGACCGGAUUCAUAACAGUGAUUACUUCAAUGGCAGCGGAAACAUUAAUCAAACAUCCAUGAAAAGUGUAGUAACUGUAUCAUUUCAUCAAGACGAUAGCCAUGGCCCCUUAAAUGAUACCAAAACAGAGAAUACUACAGAGGCACCAAUUCAAUUAUUAACAGCCUCACUUUCUGUAGACCUGGCUCAAAAGAGGGACGGCGUCAAUAACAGCGGAAACAUUAUCGAUACACCCAUGAAAAGUGACUCUUCAUAUCCACUCCAGACCACCAACAAGAUCAAUGUGACAACCAAUGUGAGACGGACCAGAAGUGAGUGCAAAAUUAGAAAUAUUAAAUGUUCAGAGAAAGCCACCUCAAUGCAAAGCACUUUUGGAGCCUGGAUGUCCGAUGCAUCCCAGCUGGAUGACGCUCGAUACUGGCUGGCCGAUCAUUUUUCAGGUCGAUUUUUCGAGGAGCACAGGAACAUUUCAACAUUUCAGGAUACAGGCCACAAAAUUAUAGACAUCAACAGGUUCUUCCAGGGUUGUGGUCAUGUUGUGUACAAGCUGUCACUUUACUUUCACAACGCAGGAUCAAACACACUUAUAAAAUUUAACCUGAACACCAGGAGAACAAACACUCUGAUCAUGGCACACAGCAGAUAUCACAGCCUGGCUUAUCUUUUCCGCAACUCAAAGACAUACUUCAAGUUUGCUGUGGAUGAAAAUGGACUGUGGGUAAUUUUUGCAUCAGAUACAGAAGAUAAUACGAUGGCUGCAAAGCUUAACCCUGACACAUUCUCUGUGGAGUCAGUCAUAAACACUCACUACCCAACAACUAAAGCAGGAAAUGCUUUCAUUGUAUGUGGAGUGUUAUAUUUUACAGAUGACAAAGACAGGAAGGUUACAUAUGCUUUUGAUUUAAAGAAAGAGAGUCCUCUGGAUGUAAAUUUUGAUCUAAGGCCAGGUAAUGGCAUCUUGGCUAUGCUGUCAUAUUAUCCCAACAAAAAGCUUUUGUAUAUGUGGGACAACAGCAGUGUAAAAACCUGCAAAGUUAAACUCAAACUGACCUAAAAAUAACCACAAACCUUGUAAAAAUGAGCAAUAAAAUAAUUUUUAAAAUCUCA